UUUGGCUAACCUGGCUGGAACCAUAGUAGUCUUCUUCUCUCUCACUUGUUCAACAAUUCGGUAACCAUGGCAGUGGCGGGAAAUAAUAGCAGUGUAGGAUUCUUAGCUUAGCUUGUGGAACUCCCAAUCAUUGCAUCUUCAGUUUAGCGAGGGAAAUAUAGAGAUGGAGGAAACCGGAAGAAUCAGCCGCAAUGGUGUGGUGAUGAAGAAGAAGAAGAAGAAGGAAGGAUUAGGGUUUUCUAGGGGAAUCAGAUUAGAGAAUCCUUUCGCUUUCAAAGCUCUUCAAGUCUUCACUGGAUUCGGCGUGGGUUGUGGAGUUGGAAUCGGCAGUGGUGCUCCUUUAAAUCUCGCUAGUAUUCCAAUGGUGGGGGAAGUUAUGAGUGCAGCUAGAGGAGCUACCACUGCUUUUUCAGGGGCCACCCACCACGUCAAUGACGCUUUGAGGAAGCUGGGAGCUAGGAACAUUAAAGCAGGUGUUGGCUGUGGAGUUGGCUUCGGUCAUGGUUUUGGAGUUGGCAUCGCAGUGAAACCAAGUGCCAUACACAAACUACAAGCUUCUAUUAUGGGAACUGCGUCCAGCUUGAUGACAAAACUCGGAAGAACGAGUGAGACCACCACAGAUGAAGCCGAGCCAGAAGACCAGGCGCCUCAAUCUCUGACGGAACACAAGAAACACGUGGACACAAAAGCAUCUUUCAAGAACAGUGGUUCCUCUAAUGACCCAAGAACGUUCGGUACUCGAACAGAGAAAGUGAUCAACAGUUUCCUCGACAACCCUAUUCUGAAACAACAGGACACAACUGCAGAAGAACGACAGGUCACACAAGUAGAAUCAGAGAGCAUAAUGCUUCAGAUGGUGCUGAAACAUCAAAAACUCGUUAACGAACUGAUGGAAGAGAACGAAAAGCUUCGAAGGAUUAUCAUAGAUGAUCUCAAACUUUCACCGGAAAAGCUCAAAUCAGUUUCAACUUACGUGUACGAAUCACCAUGCAAAGAUUGCUUCGAGUGUCGUAGAAAACAGAGAAGAAAUAGAUGAAGAAUGUUGUCAACUAAUUACUUCACUUUUUUUUUUAUGAAAUACAAGAUUCACAAUGUCACACAAAAAGACAGGUUCAUCAACA